AUGGGCCUGCUGACAAUCAUCCGUAAGAACCGCCAGAAAGAGAAAGAGAUGCGCAUCCUGUUCUUGGGUCUGGACAAUGCCGGGAAGACGACGAUCCUCAAGAAGCUCAACGGCGAGGACAUCAUGGGCAUCAGCCCCACCCUCGGCUUCAACAUCAAGACGUUCGUGCAUGGCAAAUACACCUUGAACAUCUGGGACGUCGGAGGUCAGCGUACGCUGAGACCAUACUGGCGAAACUACUUUGAACAGACAGACGCACUCGUCUGGGUCGUCGACUCGGGCGACCGCAUGCGCAUGCAAGACUGCAAGGAGGAGCUUCACAGCCUCCUGCAGGAGGACCGACUGGCAGGCGCGUCUUUGCUCAUCUUCGCCAACAAGCAAGACAUACAAGGCUCGAUGUCGAGCGCAGAAAUUCGCGAUGCUCUGGAUCUUCCCUCGAUCAAGUCGCACCAAUGGAAGAUCCUGGCAUGCAGCGCAGUCACAGGACUGAACCUGGUCGAGGGGCUCGACUGGGUAGUGGGCGAUGUUGCGAACCGACUGUACUGCUCGUCCACCGAGGCCUCGACCGGCGCGCGGCAGCCGAGCGGAUCCGCUGUGUCGUCAGCAGUUGCGGUUGGGUGA